GAGAGCUCGUCUUGCUCAGCUUGACUAAGAAGCGCUCCUUGAUUGGAUGGUAUGUGUCCUAGACGGGAGGUGUACGGAGCCUGGCUUCAGGAGCGGGAGUUUAUAUGAGCGUACACUGCGCUGCUGCUACUACUGCCUGGGAGCGAGUUAUAAGGCCCCUGGAUGGACGCCUCUUACAUCACCAGCGCCAGGAGGUUAAGGACCAGCAGUCGUCGCCCUGUUGUUUCCACCUCGGCCACGACUUAUAGUGUUCAAAGCCGAACCGAGCAGAGCGGAUCACAGGAAGAACCGGUGGCGAGAAACUUGGAAAGCGACUUAUUCGAGGCUUCUGCCACCAAAACCAACAGCCUUCACUCCCUAAAUCCAGAAACCGAGGAGCCGGGACAAAAUGGGACAAUCAGGACACAAGUGGUGACCUCGAAAAGAGGCAAGAGAUGGCCGGCCAGACUGCUGUCCAUGCUUUGCUGCCUUGUGAUCGUCAGCAUCCUCGCUGUUCUCUUUUUCGUCUUAUACAUCGUGGUGCAAGACAUGCAGGCUGGAAAAGUGAAUGAGGAUGGAAUAAAGACUAGUUAUCUUGGGUUCUGGAGUCUUCUCGUCCUGUCUCUCCUUGCCGGCCUUUCCUGCUGCAGUUUUUCUUGGACUGUGACGUAUUUUGACUCGUUUGAACCAGGAAUGUUUCCACCCACUCCACUGUCCCCCGCACGAUUCAAGAGAAUGACGGGCCAUUCGUUCCACAUGGGCUACACCAUGGCAAUACUCAAUGGCAUUGUGGCAGCUCUGACCGUGCUCUGGUGCCUGCUCUGAAUGUAUAUUCUGCAAUGUCACAAGUCUCUGUGCGCGGCUUAUAAACAACAUCACCUUCUGGGAUCGGAGAGCGCUACUUAAUAAUUCUGUCACUUUUUAUAUAACAUUUUGUAUAUUUAGUUUUAUGCUGUAUCAGUGGUGUUUUUAUAAUAUUAUUUUUUUUAGAUAAUUUAGUUAGAUAAAAAAAAAUUGUAUUUACUUUUUAAAUGAGUCAAGUCUUCCUACCCAGAAAAAAUAUUUGUUUAUGUAUAAUAUUGAAUGAGUUGUAUGACAUAGGAAAAAACAUGGCUCCAUUCUUUUGGAAGCAGCAGAACCACACCUAGACAGAUGCGGCGCUGUUUUUGAAAGAAAGAAGCCAUGUUUUUCUAAGCUCCUUUUAAAUGGCCACUGUCCUAGUGACAUGUCAAAAGUUUUGAUCAGCGGGGGUCUUAGUGUUCUGACCUCCACCGAUCAGUAGAACGAGCUGGGAAAAUUUCACAUUUUUUGUUCCAGCUCAGUCAGGUGAUUGAGAUGGUCUCAUAAUUUAAAGGGGUUCUCCACCAUAAGGUGACUUUAGUACAUACAUGGCAGACAGUAAUGGACAUGCUUAGGAAGGAUCUGCACUUGUCUUGGGGAUAAAUGGCUAUGUUGUGAAAUUACCAGAACACUGUGCCUAGCUUGUUGUAAACUGGUAUUUCCUGUUUGACUUUUCUUCUCUUGCCUACAAAUCCCAUAAUUCAAUUUUCCUCCCUCCCACACAUCAGCCGCCCCAUCCAUUGAAACAUAAAUGAGCUGCAUCCAUUCAAAAGACCUGUGGUUUUCAAUCAGGGUGCCUACAGCUGUUGCAUUAGUUGCAGAUUGAUCUCUCUCCCACCAAGUGAUCGCUCCACCCAUUGAAGAAGACAGGCUUCCUGUCAUCAGCUGACUAGUGAUGUCAUGUCUCAGCUGCAUUGCAACCUGGGAAGUAUCUUAGACAGCAGCCAUUUUGUAUGCUGUUAAAAAUAAAUAUUGGGGUGAAAAUCACAGAAGAAUUGUGAGAAAACCAUCACACACAGGUACAGACACUAUAUUAUCAACUACACUAACUUUACAGCCCCUGUAGCAUAGUCAAAUUCCUGGAAUACCCCUUUAAGUCCCCUUAUGAAGUGUGUCUUGAUCAUGUGACACAGAGCAAGGAGAGGAGCCACACGGCAGCACUGACUUCUCCCCGCUCGUUCUCCUGAUUGGCAGAGGUCUGAACACUCAGACCCCCGCCGAUCAAAACAUUUGACAUUUAUGACGUUGUUAGUGGCCAUGUCAUUGCAAAAACUUGUCAAAAGUUUUGAUAGGUCGGGGGAUUUUAAGCCCAAAAGUCUUGACGUGUCCCUGCAACAUGUUAAAAGUUUUUUUUUUUAUAUAGUGAUGGGGGCACUUUAAAUGGAUAAUGCUAUAUAACUCUACCAAGCAAAAACUAUUAAAGUGUAAUUUGUAAACGUUUGACCCAGUUGGCCAGCCAAUACAACUUCUCACAGGAGUCGGGCUCCAUAGACCUAUAAUAGAGCCCUGUCUAUUGUAAUGAGUCGGAUUGGGUGUUUUUUUUUAACCCGGCUAUAACAAAUAAUGAUACCGGGUCACACAAAUUUAUCUAUUAUAGAACUUCUUUAUAGUGCAGGGAUUCAUGAUUUCAGUCAAGAGUGUAUUUACUAACCAUACAUGUUCAAGGGUUAUAAUUACGAAAUUAGCAAAAUAGGUUAAAGGGUACCUUUCAUUAAAAAAAACUUUUGAUAUAUUUUAGAAUAAUGUAUGCAGAAUAACUUUCCAAUUGCAUUUUAUUAAAAAAAAAUAUGCUUCUUUCUAUUUAAUUUUCCACUUUAAAAAAAAAAAAAAAAGACCACUAGAGGUCUCCCUACCAGUCCUGGCCGCAAAUCCUUUUUAUAGAUUUCAGACUCAUGCUAGAGUAUUAAAUCUCAGACUGCAGCCGGGGACACAGACAAGCUCAGCACUGCUCCCUGCUUGUCAAUCAGACAGGCAGAAGCCAGCACUGUGCUCAUAGCACAGCAGAGCAUACUCCUGACUCUGCCUUAAUUCAUUUUACUAUCUGAGCUCCGAUCUUUCUUCUCUCAGCACAUGCAGUUGUAAACAGAGAGGAGAAGAUUCAGAGCUACCAGCUGAGCUUGUCCAGUCUGAGAUUUAGGACUCCAGCAUGAGUCUGAAAUCUAUAAAAUGGGCUUGUGGCCAGGACUGGUAGGGAGACCUCUAGUGGUCAUUUUUAUAAGUGGAAAAUUAAAUAGAAAGAAGCAUAUAUUUUUAAUAACAUGCAAUUAGAAAGUUACCGUAUUUUUUGUCCCCAAUUUCGCACCCAAUUUUUAGGGGCAAAAUCUAAAAAAAUAAAGAUUUUGAACCCAAUAGUGGUCUUCAACCUGCGGACCUCCAGA